AUGAAUUACUCUUUGGAUUUUCAUGGUACCAACCUGAAGCUUCUUAAGCUGUUGCCUGAUGGAAACUUUUCACUUGGAGCUUUAGGCAAUUUGAGCCACAAUCUGUUGCUCUAUGAAGGUGCGGAACUUGAAAAGAUAUUAUUACUGACAAUUAAAGAGCCCACUACCAUUGCCCUUACAGUGAUGUACCUGGUGUCCUUUGUAGUCGGGUUCACUGGCAACAUCAUGUCCAUUAAAGUGCUCACUAACAAAGGAAGCAAAAGAAUGUCAGGUGUUAGUGCAACCAGAGCCUUACUGAUAAACUUAGCCAUAUGUGACUUGAUGGUUGUGUGCAUUUGCAUGCCCAUUACUUUGGGUCACAAGAUUUAUACGGCUUGGGUGUAUGGAGACUUUCUCUGCAGAGCGGUGCCUUUCACUCAAGCAGUUUCAGUUGCUGCUAGUGUCCUUAGUUUGACUGUCAUAAGCAUUAACAGAUACUACAGUGUCCACAACCCUUUAAAUGCUAGAUCUUUUUUCACCCGAAAGAAGAUCUUCUGGACAAUUGUCAUUGUGUGGGUCUUGUCUUCUGGUAUAUGCAUGCCUCUGAUAUUUAUGAACAAAAGAGACGAGAUACACCUCAUAGAAAACCUACAGUUCGUUUUUCCCAUUUGUAGAGAAAUCUGGCCUCACGUGAAGCUGAAGCAAGCUUAUAACUGUCUGUUGUUUUGCGCCCUCUACUGUCUCCCGGUCACAUUCAACUUAAUAAUCAGCUUCUUGACUGGCCGUAAGCUUUGGAGCACUUCCACACAGUUUAAGAAAUUUGACUCCAGAAACCAAUCCCUGCCAGCCUCCAGGCUAAACAACCGGAAGAACAUUGCCAAAAUGGUGGUGGCCUUGGUUCUCCUGUUUGCCAUUUCUUGGCUCCCUCUUUAUAUGGUGGACAUUUGGAUAGAUUUUAGUACCCCGGACUCUCACAGAGAAGAAACUCCUCCGCCAUGGAUCCUGCAAGUAAGACCUUUUGCACAGUGGCUUGGUCUGACCAACUCUAGCCUUAACCCAAUUUGCUAUUGUUUUGUUGGAGACCUGUACAGAUCGGCCAAGGAAAUGAAAAGCAGGUACCAGGGUAGAAUCAUUUCCUUCUUUAGCUUCUUUUUAUCUGAAGAAUUCCCAGCCUCCACCAUCCCCAAGCCGCUGUCCUUUGAAAGACCUGCCCGUGACAUGUGCAAAGACUCCACCUGUAACACUUUGGUUGAUGUUCAUAUCUCACGGACAACCAUGUGUGAGACAGCACUGGACUCCUGCCAUCCAGUGACUCUUCAUACAUUCUCUGCAAGAAGACAUUCCUUGGUGCAGUCUGAUCAAACUACAUUAUAG